CGACAAGAAUCGCUAGGAUUACUGUCUCCUAAUGAUGGUCAUGGCUUACUUUUGAUGUAUAUUAUGUCCAUGAUUUAUUUCACAUGUUCAAUGUCGGCCUUUGCCGAGAGCGGGAUUCACUGAUUAUCGGGCGGGCAUACAACUGGUUUUUCUACUAUCUCUGGUGGUAGCGAUCAUACUAGUAGUUUGACCCAUAUCUUUGCCCUUUCUAUUUGACAAGCCACUUCCUUUGGCUCUGUUCAUCAAAGUCGAUCUAUACACAGGCUUCCUGCUGCACCCCUGCUACCUCAGACACUGCUGCUCUGAUAGCGGUGCUCUUUUGUUGCAAUGACUGAGGUCAGUGAUGAUGAUGAUGAUAUCUCUCUCACCUCAACUGUCCCUAGCCCACCGAAGGAGAAUUACUAUGUGGAUACCAUUCACGCCGAGCGUGAAACUUCCGAGGGAACCGAAUUUCUCGUAGGAUGGGAAGAUUAUCCUAUUGAGAGGAGCAGUUGGGAGACAGCUGCCCAGUUUGAUGAUGAGCAGACUCUGCUCGACUGGGAGGAGAAAAAGAGAGAGAUUGCAGCGGGAAGGCUGCAAGAGUUUGAUCUCACUGAUUUCAACAGACGCCUGCAUGAAGCUGAACUGGCCUGCCAAAAACGAAAGCACAAGCGACAUUUGAAGAGAGAAAAGCUUGCGAAAGGCCAGCUGGUACCAUCAAAAACUAGCUUGUUCAGCUCCACGUCAAAUGGCCCUGGCUUUACAAAUUCCGAUGUAACGCUAAAUCCUUGCACUGAUACCGCAAAUGUAUACUCGAGUAGAGCCACAAACCAGUCUCAGGUCGGCCCUGCUCGUUCUCAAUCUAUCCGUGGUGGGUUAACAAGACCGCCUCUAGUUGGAUUUGGGACUGGCCGUGGUGGUAUAAUUCGCUCCCGUCCUCGGAGAUCCUAUGAUGCUGAUCCUUCCGCUCCCCCCAAGAUGUUCAAGUAUUUAUCAACGAAACACAGAUAUGAGAAGGCAAGGGGUUAUGAACCUGCUCCAGAUGUCAGCCAACUUAAGCUUAUGAGGCCAUCGGAGUGGUUAUCUGCCCCCGCCGCCUAUUCAUCCAACCCUGGACCGCAGCAUAACACCAACAUGAGGGGGCAGGAGCCAGAUGAAAGCCCAAGAAGGGCGAUUAGCGAUGUUCCUAACAUAGACACUUUCAUCUCGCAGCCGCAAACAUCCCGCUCUAAUGAUUCAAAGGCCUCAAACCAUUCUUCGCCUGUUUCUGACAGGCCUCGCCGUUUAUCUGACCGAUCACGGGACCUCUAUCUCCCACGACGAAGGCCUGGUCGCGAGGCUAAGUGGAUUAAAGGGGAAAGGGGAAGUUAUUUUGUUAACCCAGGAGAACUUCUAUGUACCUUGUAUUAUGGACCCGAUAAGAGGGAGAUUGGUGAAGCUAGGAUGUGCGGUUUGGACAGUAUCAGGAGAAACCGAUUUCUUAGGACUAAGAAAAAUCACGUCCUUGAAAUCUGGUUUCAACAUCUCUGUAACCUUACAGACUACAAUAGUCUGUGCAGAAGUACAACAAAUGAAAGAUAUUGGAACGGCUGGGUUGAGGGGUUUGACGACUCUGAACCAGAUAUCUAUCGCUUUGGGCAGGAACUCACCCGAAGAAAUCUUGUGGCUAUAUGUAUUCCUGAAAUACAGGGCCAUGAUGUAUUACUUGCGUAUCCACCAAAUUCCGAGGAUUUUGGUUUCUUGGAUGGAGACUUUAGAGGUCCUCGUGACGUCUUUCUUCAUACUGCCGUGAGGAGUGCUUUGGGGCCCAUUGAGCGACUGGCCUUUGGUAGUCUACAGGGACAGCGUGGUCACCUGACAGAAACAACUACUGGGGCAGUGAAUUCUUCACAAAUUAACACUAUUGUUGCAAACAAGCAAGCUUCUGAGGCACAAAGAGAGCUGGUUUCUUUAAAUCAAGACAAUCGCCCUUCAAUUAUCGAGUUUCCUAACGCACGCAUAGGCCUGGAACCGAGGCCACACACAAAAACAGUUACAUCACUGACGAAUCGUCGCACUUCUAGUGAUUCAAUACCAGGUCUGCAGAGGAGGUCACCUGGAAUCGAUCAUAUGGGUAUUGACCAGGGUCCUAAAGACCCCACAACGGUUGCCAAUAGCGACAACAGGCAGCCAUCACUGAGCAUUCCACUUCCGUUUGACUUGUGCUAUGAAUUUGAGAAGAGGUUCGGGGUGACAUUCCAGACGUUGGCAACAGUGGCAGAGAAACGUUUAGCAGGGUCCUUCUGUGUACUGUUUCCACAGGGCUCAACAGGUAUUGAAGAAGAAUGUCAAGCCAUUGUUGAAUUUCUCAAAGCCCACAAUAGUGACAAAUACAAGGCUAUUGUUUACUCGAACCGCACUCCUGAAGAUUGGGAAAAGUUCACUCAAGCGAAGAAUGGAGUCACCUUGAUUCAUGAAAGCUUUCUGGACUUCUACAAGUUGCAGGGCCUUAAUAACUUAUGUCGCCAGUCAACAUUCAACUUUUGGUCUUUCACUUUAAGCAAAGAAUUUGGUGAUAACGGACCGUAUUUCCGUCGCAUGCUUCAAACGGGUGGGGUUAUUUUAAUUACUGAAGACUACAUGCUGAGCGAUCUGAGAGGUACUAUCGUUGUACUAUCUUGGUUCGAAGACUAUGCAAAGGGCAGGUAUCCUGGAACAUGGAAAUUAAUGCUCCGUCCGGGUGUAUUGGAUUGGGUGCAAAAGCAGAUUGAGGUCACCGUGAACUCAAGAUCUUUAUGGCUCGCAAUGUACCAUCUCAUUAUGCAGAUUACCGCCAUCGGAGAUGCGAAUUCCCGGGAUAUCCUCACUGGCGCAGAGGUCGGCUAUACACCAAACACGCUCAUCUCUCCUUCAAAACUCCCAGGGUAUGGUUUUCGUACAGACGACGAAAUUCCGGAUAUCCCUAAGGAUAGAACCCUGACACAAGAACAACGAAAUGCUGAUCACCUCAUUGAGUUUUACGCUGGUUGGGCCCUGGUCAAUUGUUACCAGUUCCGAAAGUUCUUUGUGCUCACAGCCUCCACGCUUCCGCGAUGGGACGAGUGGCAACAUCUGCAAAUUCGCGUGGGCUCCCCAGCAAUCAUGAAAUGUUUUGAAAUCAACUAUAAGUGGUACUGGGAAAAACUUAAGCAUCCUGCGGCGAGAUCAGCAUCCCAUUCAGAGAGGAGCUCUCAGACCCCUUUUACACCCCAAACUCCUAGGGCUGGCUCGAGCGAGUCAGCUAUUUCUAGACCGACGCCGUCCUAUAUCCCUCCCCUUUCGCACCACUAUCCCCAACCAUAUCAGUGAUUGGAAAGUGAGUGAUCUGUUGGUAAUUGAGAAGUGUAUGCUCGACCCGGGGUUUCAAUUGCGUUCUAUACAUUCGCGCUUGUUACAUAUCUUUAAGAUACCACUGUAAUAUACAACGAUCCCACGAUUAAUGGCUAUUAUGCAUCGAGGAGAACGAGGCAAUGAUUGGAUAUAAAUAACGCAACUCCAAUGGCUGA